AUGUUCUGCGUUACUGCCCAGGAUAUCGCAAGAAGCAUGGAGACUAGACUACAAGAUCUUGGUCAGCUAUACGAAGAUGUUCUCACCACAGGCACGUUGCUCUCGAGGGCCAUAUUUAAGGAUGGUCAGGGGAAAAUAAUUAUCGCAAGCGACGUCGGAGUGCCGCAGAAAGAUGUCGAGGCUGGGAACAACAAUCCCGUCCUCUUUGGCAGAGGACAGCUCCUCGUCCUAACGCGCAAGGUUAAUAAGGAGGAAUCCAAUCGACUCCAGGACAUUGGUUAUCGUUUUGCUAGCACCAAUCAGAUCGGAGACCAUCUCGCUGGAAGCAUGCAGAUUUCACGCCAUGAUCUCAACGGUCUCAUCGUACGCCUGCAGACUUACUGCGAGAAACGGGUAACUAUUCCUCAGGCUGGAACCUAUAUUGCCUCAUUCCUGCUUCAGCCAUCUCCAAUCUUGAGGGGGCUGGAUGUUAUUGUGUCAAAGGUGUCCCCUGACAGGCUUCCCAUGGUGAAGUUUUUGUCACACGAACCAACCCCAAGACAACUAAGAAUUUUAUCGACGUUCAACGGUCUUACCCUGGACGAGUGUCUGGCUCGCAUCAGCUCAGUCUCCGGCUCAGUCAGUGAAGACGAAAGUUUCACUGAAAAGUUCCGUAAUCACAUUCAAGAACUGUUCGCCCAAGUGCCCGAGCCGGCACUCCGCCACGCUACCUUCUCAUCUCAGCAAUUGGACAUUGCGCAUGGGGUUUCCGGGCAGAAUGAGGCAUUAAAAGCUACACUAUUCGCCUUUUGUGGAAUCAAAGAAGUGUACAGCCAAUCUCUGCAGAGCGAAAAGCUCCAGUACAUUCCGCUGUCGUUCUUCAAGACGAACUUGAGGAGUUACCCUGGCUGUCCUGACCAUGCCAUAUUGGCGCACGAAAAUCAUAAAGAGUUCAGCUCGCUUUUCGCCCCUGUAGACGAGAGUUCGGUCUCGGGAUCGAACGCAGGCGCAAAGUGGGCCAGCAUCUUCCAUCCCAAACGCAGGAGUACGUCCGAAACUACCAUUCCCACCGACAAUAGCUCAGAGAAAGGCUUGGUACAUAUUUCGCAAACAAGCCUGGAUUCUCCAAUCAACGCAGGCACUCCCUUUGGAGGUAUCAUGGUCAGCCAGGAGGUUGUAAUCAGCCAGGACGCAGACGCUUCCCAGAUAGAGCUGCAAGAUAUGGGAGUGCGAUCUCAAGCGGGUGUGGGCGAUUGCGAGCAGCUCACCAUGGCGGAUCGCCUGCUAUCGAUCACGACAUCUUUCCGCGAUCCUCAUGCCAGGAUGCUGGCAAAGGAGCACGCUGUACGGCGGUAA